AUGGCAGCUGCAUCAUCAUCUUCAUCCUCGUCGACGCUUGAAUGGCCAGGCGGGUUCGUGUUUGAUCCACUAGACGAAGUGCUAGUGAUUCAUUAUCUUCAUCCUAAGGCCACGGAAAUUUCCGACUGUAAAUGCCCUGAAGUAAUCCCUGAGCGCGAUCUUUACGGCACUGAAGAACCAUGGCAGAUUUGGGAGAAGAUGGAAAAAGCUAAUAACUGUAUACGAAACAAAGAAGAGAUGUUCUUCUUCACAAGAUUGAAGAGGGUCUCUUCCAAGUCCAACCGUUGCAAGAGAAACAUCGGCAAAGGUUGUUGGAAAGGCGACGGGCUUAUACCUGCAAUAGAGACACUAUUCCCUACUGUGGAGCAUAGAUACUGCGUGAAACACAUCUACAACAAUUUCAAAGUAGAUCACAAGGGAUUGAAACUGAAAGAUGCACUGUGA